GUAAUUUAUGCACAAAAUAACGACAAAAACACAAUAAAACGUGAUUUGAAUUGAUUUAUUGAUAGCGAAGACAUCAGAUCCAAGCCAUGGCCCGAAACGCGGAGAAAGCGAUGACAACUCUCGCGCGAUGGAGACAAUCACAACUCGAGGACCAGACGGGCGGACUAAAUAAGACGCGGCGACCAUAUCUGGCCUCCGAGUGCUCGGACCUGAAAGAGGCCCAGAAGUGGAGGUUAGACAUCGUCCGCGAGAUCAGCAAAAAAGUGACUCAAAUACAAAACGCAGGGUUAGGGGAGUUCCGCAUCCGAGACAUCAACGACCAGAUCAACAAAUGCUUGCGCGAGAAGAGGCACUGGGAGUAUCGCAUCCAUCAAUUGGGCGGCUUUACCAAUAGAACUGGUCCACGUUUGGAGAACUCUGGCCGAGAAGUGGUCGGCAAUCGUGGCUACAAAUACUUCGGCGCCGCCAAAGACUUGCCCGGCGUUCGGGACCUGUUUUCGCACGAACCGCCGAUUUUGCCGCGAAAGACACGCGCGGAACUGAUGCGAGACAUCGACGCCGACUACUAUGGCUUUCGCGAUGAAGACGACGGUGUGAUCGUCGCUGAAGAGCGCAAAAUUGAGAGCCAAUUGUUGGCCGAUAUCGUCGCCGACGAAGGCGUCAAAGAGGCGAACAAAUCCGAUGCUAUUGUGGACCAAGAAAUGGAUGAUUUGGACUCUUCGGGCCCAAAGAGAUUCAUAUCUCACGUGCCAUUCGUUCCGACACAACAAGAAGUACAGCAAGAGUUGGUCCGCCGAAAGAAACAGGAAUUACUCGACAAAUAUUCAUUAGAAAGCGGUCUAACAAUAGACUGAUUGUUGUUAUUAUAAUUGCAUUCAAAAAUCACGCGAAAUGUAUAUA